AUGAUCAAACGAAUUCCACCAGGGUAUAUUAGUUGUCUAGCAAACUGCUUUAAUACUUGGCUUAAAGAAUACAGAUAUCCAAAUGUUUGGAAAUUAGCUAAAAUAAUUACAGUGAAUAAACUAAAAGCAGAAGUACCCCGUUGUGAUCAAACACGACCAAUAUCACUUUUAGCAACACAUUCAAAGCUAUUUGAGAAAAUUAUGCUAGAAAGAAUAAGACACUGGGCUGAAACUAAUAGUUUAGUUUCAAUCGAACAGUCGGGUUUUCGUCCAGGUUGUCUGCUUUCUACUAGAGUUCUAUCUAUAUAUCAAGAAGUCAAAAACAAUAUGACAGCUAAUAUUCCGACAUUAGCAAUUUAUGUCGACUAUCAAAAGGCUUACGAUAAAGUGUGGCAUAAAGGUCUUAUCGUAAAACUCAAUAGACUCAGUAUUCCUUUAGGACUAUUAAAUUUAAUUGUGUCAUGGUUAAAUGAUCGUCGUGCAUAUGUUAUAUUUGGAGAGAACAAGUCAGAGAUAUUUUAUACAUAUGUCGGUUUGCCUCAAGGUAGUAGUUUAAGUCCAUAUCUGUGUGUUGUCUAUCAUUGUGAUCGAGUCGCAUGUGUAGGUGCUCAUUCUAGCCACAUAUUUGCUGACGAUCUCAACAUACUCAUAUCGCCGCCAAUAUCGUGA